AUGGUCUGGGGAGGCAAGACACCCAAAGUCGAGGCAAAGCCCUCCACUCUCAGCCAAGUACUCCCCCUCCUGAUCCUCCUCGUCUUCCUCGCCGGCGCCGCCGUCGUCGGCUACCAUAUCUACGUCAGCGCGACCAAGAUCCGACAGAACGCCUCGCAGAGCAUGGCCAAGAAGAACGUCGUCUUCACCAAGGACGGCAUGCGCGUCGGCGUCAAGCACGUCGAGAACGAGCGCUACGUCGACGCCACCCAGAGUUGGUUCGUCAAGGCCUGGAAUAUGAGCAGCAGCGGCAAGGCGGACGCUGCCAAGAAGAAAUAA